AUGUCGGAUCUCGACCUGACUGAUGAGUUCAGCUGCACGAAACACGCAAAGAAUCCGGGCACUGUCGCCGAUGAAUACGACGCGAAAGUGGACAGAAUCUAUGAGGAUCUGAAGGGAUCGUCUAUCGAAAGACGAGAAGACGUCGUCUACGAUCCGAACGGUCAAUUGACUCAGGUCGACAUCUGGGGACCGCUUAAUGCAGAGAAGUUGUUUGUGAUGAUACACGGAGGGUACUGGCUCGUGAGUCCCUCGUUCCAUUAUCAUCUGUAGUGUGAAUAAUCAUUAGAUUGGUAAUCGGAAGAAGUGUUUGGCUGUUGUCCACGUGGCAAAGAAGCUCGGCUACACCGUCGUCAGUGUGGGCUAUGAUUACGCGAACAAGGAGCAUCCGUUGAGCAAAACAGUCCAAGAGACGUUGGACGGAGUUCAGGUGGGUUAACAAAAUAAUAUUGAUUGAUUUUCUUACUUUCAGUUCACUCUGAACAAGUUCAAGGAUGCGAAGCAGGUGGUGAUCGGAGGGCAUUCGGUCGGAGCGCAUCUCGCCUUCCAAGGUCCUCUCAUUCCCUCGACCUUCUCUGAAUUCCCGGUCUCUUUCAGUUGUCACCCGUAUCCAUGAUCCUCGCAUCAGCGGAGUCUUCCUUUGCGCCGGAAUUUAUAAACUUCAAGAGCUGACGUUCUCGAAGUACGGGCGCGAUUUGGCGUUGACUGCAGAUGAAGCAGAGGCGUUCAGCUGUGACUACCAACUUCUGAGGACCGUCCGAUUCCCCAUCCUGAUUGCGAAUUGCAAACUCGAGUCUCCGAAGCUGUACGAACAGAAUGUAGAGCUCUCAAAGGAGGUGCCGAAUGCACAGUACAAGGUUCCGCUUCCACCCAUGUCUCGGAGUGUAAAUGAAUAUUAUUAUUAUAUUUCAGGAGUACGGGAACGAAGAUCACUUCAGCAUCCUGACCGAACUGACCAAUGAGGAGAGCCCACUUUACGCUGACUUCUUCAACUUCCUUCAUUCUCUUUAA